CCAGUCUCCUGUUCUGCAGAGAAAACAGAAACAACAUGAGCACAGCAGGAAAAGUAAUAAAAUGCAAAGCAGCUGUGCUGUGGCAGCUAAACAAACCCUUUUCCAUCGAGGAGGUGGAGGUUGCACCCCCGAAGGCCCAUGAAGUUCGCAUUAAGAUGGUGGCCACAGGAAUCUGUCGCUCAGAUGACCACGCGGUUACAGGAAGCAUUGCGGUUCCUCUCCCUGUGAUUUUAGGCCAUGAGGCAGCUGGCAUUGUGGAGAGCAUUGGAGAGGGGGUGACAACAGUAAAACCAGGUGAUAAAGUCAUCCCGCUGUUUACUCCCCAGUGUGGAAAAUGCAGAAUUUGUAAACACCCAGAAAGCAACUUCUGUUUGAUAAAUGAUCUGGGCAAGCCGAAGGGGAUGCUACUGGAUGGCACCAGCAGGUUCACCUGCAAGGGGAAGCCCAUCCACCACUUCAUUGGCACCAGCACCUUCUCCCAGUACACAGUGGUGGAUGAGAUUGCAGUGGCCAAAAUUGAUGCAGCUGCACCACUGGAGAAAGUCUGCCUCAUUGGCUGUGGAUUUUCAACUGGUUAUGGGUCGGCAGUCAAAGUUGCCAAGGUCACCCCAGGCUCCACCUGUGCUGUGUUUGGCCUGGGAGGAGUUGGCCUCUCUGUUAUCAUGGGCUGUAAAGCAGCUGGGGCAUCCAGGAUCAUUGCAGUGGACAUUAACAAAGACAAGUUUCCAAAGGCCAAAGAGGUGGGUGCCACUGAGUGCAUCAACCCUCAAGACUAUAAGAAACCCAUCCAGGAGGUGAUACAGGAGAUAAGCGAUGGAGGAGUGGAUUUUUCAUUUGAAGUGAUCGGUCGACUUGAUACCGUGGUUGCUGCCCUGUUAAGCUGUCACGGGGCAUGUGGGACAAGUGUCAUUGUAGGGGUACCUCCUGAUUCCCAAAGCCUCACAGUGAACCCUAUGCUGCUACUGAGUGGACGCACCUGGAAAGGAGCAAUUUUUGGUGGCUUUAAGAGUAAAGAUUCUGUCCCCAAACUCGUGGCUGAUUUUAUGGCUAAGAAGUUUUCAUUGGAUCCAUUAAUCACCAAUGUUUUACCUUUUGAAAAAAUAAAUGAAGGAUUUGACCUGCUUCGCUCUGGGAAGAGUAUUCGGACCAUCCUGACAUUUUGAGACUACACAGACGCCUUCCUUGGAAGCAGUCUUCUGAUUCCUGUAUCCCACAUCAUCUGUAGCACCAGCAGACAUCCUUAGUUCUCCCCUUAGAGAUGCUCUCAAUAAAUGAUGUGCAGAAACUUUACAAAAG